AUCAAGGUGCAGAUGAUGAGUCACCUGCGGAUCUAGGAUCGCUCGUAUAGGAACGAGCGAGGGGCGCUGACUGAAGCUCAUCUUUCUCAAUACUCGCCAAGCCAGCGUCGCUCACCCCGAAGUCGUCAGGCGUAGCGACAUCCGGCUAAAAUUCCCUGUCUCAUUACAUUCAUAUCCGCUCCCGGGCUCCAUCCUGUCCUCUUGCCGAAUCCGUCUCGAAUCAGCACGAUCCACAUUUCCUCCGCCGCACGCAUUGCAUCUACAGCCUUGUCUGUACCUCUCUCGACGUUCUUCGCGUGCGAGAGAUCGGCUCUUUCUCACAAUGUCCCACUACGCGCAGAGCGCGAACGCAAUGUCGAUCUCUUGCGAGGGUGCUUUCACGCUUUGUGCCAUCACUUCCCUCUCAUCCUCCUUUAUCUCGUGGACUGCAAACUUCUACUUUCCACACUCUAUGCGCCUAUGGACUCGCCUGCUGCUCCGGAUUUUCUAGGCUCGCGCAUAUAUUCACGUGCCCGCGAAACCUGUGGCAGGCUUACAGCCUAUAUGCUGCAAGAUCCGCUGCGUCUGACUAAACGUGCCUAUCCGAGCCCUUGACUGUCACCGAUCAUGCUCCAAUUCCGAUAGCUACGCGCAGGCGGCCUGCAUGUCACAUAGUCUGGUCAGAAUAUUUUCGUGAUACCCGUCUACGCGGGCGCGGCGAUGGACGCAUGUAUAGUCGCCUGCUGUAAUGAAAAUAUAUGUGCGCUUCGUUGUUAUUCUCUC